AUGAUUUUUGACCCUAAUACUGAAUUUUAUUUAAGAAAUAUUUCUAAUCCUAAUUAUAUUAUGGCUGUUUUAAAGAAGAAUAAUGAUAUUAUUAAGUGUUGUUUUGACUUAUUAGGGAAUUUGAUUCAAGAAGUAAUUGAUACUAAAAUGGAAGAUGGUACUAUUUACAGACAUUCAAAUAAUGCUGUUAUUAAAUUAGAUUCACAAGGUAUGAUGUACUUUUAUCAAAAAAAUAUUGUAACUAAACCUAUACAAUAUGUGGCUAAAAAAGAAAAAUCUUUUUUAGAAGAUCAAAAUAUAGGAGUUUUAGAUUUAGAAGUUUAUAACCAUUCUGUUGAUAACAUAUCUUAUGUAUAUUCUGGUGGAAUAUAUACUAAUAUUGAUAAAAAUCCUAAAUUAUUUUAUUUAGACCCUAUUACUAGAAAUAGUGAUGAAUUAAUAUUAUCUAUUAUUGAUCAUAUGGGGAAAAAAAGAUAUCAAGGUUUUAAGUUUUAUUGUCAUAAUUUAGGUAAAUAUGAUAUAUACUUUAUCUUAAAAGUACUUACUAACUUUAAUAAAAUUAAUAAAGUUGUUCAGUAUAAAAUUGAUACUGUUAUGAGAGAUAAUGUUAUUUUAAGCAUUAAAAUUAAAAAAGUUGUUAAUGGUAAAACUGAUUAUAUUGUAAAUAUAUCAGAUAGUUAUCCUAUUUUAACUAGAUCUUUAGCUCAAUUAGGUAAAGAUUUUGAAGUUGACCAAGUAAAAUCUUUUUUUCCUUAUAAUUUUGCUAAUGAAAAUACACUUUUUUAUUGUGGUAAUAAACCUGAAAAAUCCUUUUAUGAAAAUUUAUCUGAUGAGGAUUAUAAUAAUAUUAAAAUUAAUCCUUGGAACUUUAAAAAAGAAUCUGAAAAGUAUUUAUCAAUUGAUUUAAUUAGUUUAUUACAAAUUAUUAAAAAAGCUAAUCAAGAAGUUUUUCUUAAUUUUGGUAUAAAUAUUAGCGAUGUUAAUACAAUAUCUGGUUUAGCUAAGUUAAUAUUUAUGAAAAACCAUUAUAAAAAUAAUAUUCCUUUAAUAAAUGAUAAUAAAAUUUAUCAAGACAUUAAAAAGAGUUAUUAUGGUGGAAUUACAGAAGUCUAUAAACCUACAGGUAAUAAUCUAUAUUAUUACGAUGUUAAUAGUUUAUAUCCUUAUGUAGCUCUGUUUGAUAUGCCUGGUACUAAAUUAACAUCUUAUGUUAAGUAUACUAAAGAUGAUGCUUAUAAUUUACACGAUCUAUUUGGUUUUUUUAAAUGUGAAGUUUAUAAAGAUCCUAAUAAUGAAUAUAUUGGUUUAUUACCUUUUAGAACUAAAGAUGGUACUUUAAUACAUCCUUUAGGAAAUUGAACUGGAUGAUACUUUAGUGAAGAAAUUAAAUUUGCUGUAAAGAACGGAUAUAAAAUUAGAAUAAUAGAAGGAUAUAAUUUUUCUAGAGAGACUAAUGUAUUUAAUACUUUUGUACAAGAAAUAUAUAAAAUAAAAUCUACUACGUCAAACAAAGCGUUAAAAAGUAUUAGUAAAUUAAUAUUAAAUAGUUUAUUAGGUCGUUUUGGAUUAAAAUUAGAUAAAACUAUCACUGAAUUUAUAACUAAUGAUGAAAAAUAUCAAAUAUUAUCAGCUACUAGAGCUAUUGUUUCUGAAAUAGAGGUAGACGAUUCUCAUAAAUUUAUUACUUAUAAAAAAGGAAUAGAUUUUGAUCUUAUCGAUUCUUUAAAUAUAGAUGUUAAUAAACUUAACAUAAAAUAUAAUGAUUUAGAAAAAGAUGACGCGAAAGAAGGUAACCCUAAAGACGUUUCAGUGGCAAUUAGUUCAGCUAUUACAGCAUACGCUAGAAUAUACAUUUCUAAAAUUAAAUUAGAUAUACUUAAAAAAGGUGGUAACCUAUAUUACUCUGAUACGGAUAGUAUAAUAACUGAUAUCCCUUUAGAUAAUUCUAUUGUAGACAAUAAAGAAAUAGGUAAAUUAAAGUUAGAAUAUAAUAAAGUUAAAACAGGAUAUUUUAUUUCUAAUAAAACUUAUUGUUUAGUUUUAGAAGAUGGUAGUUUAAUUAAGAGAUCUAAAGGUUAA